UUUCUUUUUAUAUUGUGUAGUUUAUUUCAUAAGCAUUGUGAUUUGUUCACAGAAUUUUAGUUUUAAUAAAUCUAUUAUAAUUUAUAUUUUCUGAAUUAAAAAUGUUUCUAAAAUACAUUACCCCAGUUGUCCAGCAACAAUUACGACAAAUUUCUUCAGCUUCCGCCGCUGUUACUAGAUUACAUCGCUCCAUUUAUGCACGUCAAUAUCCCACGGUGGUGGUUUUACCCGAUGGCUCAACUAUUAAUAUACGUUAUAGUGAACCAAGGAAAAUUGUCAAGUUACCUUUGGACUUGAGUACUUUAACUGAAGCUGAACGUAAAGCACGUAUCGAAGCACGUAAACCACGCAAAAAGGUUAAAAUCGUUGAAGAAGUAGAGGAUAAUUUCAAUGCUAAGAAAUAUAUGAAAUAUAUUAAAAAGAAAUAGAUUUACUAUAAGAAAAAUAAAUAAAAGUUGUGUUUAAAUAAA